ACGAGACACAGAGAUAGCAGCAGAUGGACUGCUGCACAGCCUGCAACACACUUCCAAAGGAUAUACUGCAUGUGUGACGUAGCGCGUGCAUGCAUGCAGAGACAGUGUGUGAAGGUGUGUGUACGAGAAUGGUUGUAAACGAGUGAGCGUCUUCCAUGACCUCCUGGAACUGGAUGCAGUGAGCAAUAAUUCUCCAGAGGAAAAAGGAAUACUGUUAUCAAUCUCCAUAGAUGCUACAGACUGUAGUGGGACAUUUUGUUCGUUCGAUUUUCGGGAGGAAGAGAAUUGCGUCUUAGUCAAGAUGAGUCUGAACCCUGUACAGGUGAUGAGCGGACAGGUCAAGGAGCUCAAAGUUUCCCCUUCAUCUAACGGAGACAGCAGAGCAUCAUGGGAAGAGAAAGAAGAGUUUGAUCAAGACCACUUGGGCUUCACCACCAAGCCAAAGCCAGUGACAGGGAGACGAGCCCGGAAGGUGGAGGGAGGCGUGUUCUUCCCAAAGCCAGAAAAUGCAGUGACCAUCGCUGUUUCUUCUCGGGUCUUGUUUCGCACUGAGCGGGAGCAGAAGGUGUUUGAGCAGGAAGGAGUGGAGGAAUACCUAAGAUACCAAAUUGAACACGAGAACGAACCUUUCUCCCCUGGACCCGCUUUUCCCUUCGUCAAGGCUCUGGAGGCAGUGAACGCUCGCCUGAGGGAGCUGUACCCACAAAGUGAAGAGCUGUUUGACAUUGUUUUGGUGACGUACAACCAUGCACAUGUAGGAAUCCGACUAAUCAACACCAUCAACCAUCACAAUUUGUUCAUUGAGAGAUUUUGUAUGACGGGUGGAAGCAGCCCUAUUGGCUAUUUGAAGGCCUGGCACACCAACCUCUACCUGUCUGCUGAUGCUGACAAGGUCAGGGAGGCAUUGGCUGAAGGCAUUGCUGCAGCCACCAUGUUCAUGCCGGAGAAGAUGACAGAGGUAUCAGAGUCCCAGCUGAGGGUGGCGUUUGACGGUGAUGCUGUUCUCUUUUCUGAUGAAUCUGAACGUAUCUUCAAGGCCCAUGGGCUGGACAAGUUCUUUGAACAUGAGAGGGAGAACGAGGACACACUGUUGGAUCAUGGUCCCCUAAAGGGCUUUCUGGAGGCACUGGGGAAGCUUCAGAAAAAGUUUUACGCUAAAGGCCAGCGCCUUAACUGUCCUAUUCGAACAUACUUGGUCACAGCUCGAAGUGCAGCCAGCUCUGGAAUCCGGGCACUGAAGACACUCAGAGCCUGGGGCUUGGAGAUCGACGAGGCCUUGUUCCUUGCAGGAGCACGAAAGGGCCCCAUGCUGGAGAAGAUCAGGCCUCACAUCUACUUUGAUGAUCAGAUGUUUCAUGUAGAAGGAGCAGCUGAGAUGGGCACCAUUGCUGCCCAUGUGCCCUAUGGCAUUGCACAGAAACAUAACUCCAAACAGAACACCACUGUGAGAAAGUAACAGGCAAGACUUAAGAUGCCAGUUGCACAGUCACCCAACCAGAAACAGAACAGUGUAAACUGUCUCAGCUUAAUGCUAUGUUAAGAGUUAGAUACAGGUCUGAGUGGAGGUCGAGUCGAGGUCUGGAGCCUGAGAUGAUCUCGGUGCCAAGUGUCUCCCAGCUUCAGGUUUCAAAGCCUCAAUGUACUCAAUACUUUGUUUUUGUUUUGUCAAAUCUUGCUUCAAACAGGAAUUUCAAAGGUGCUUGAUUGCCAUGGUCUCUCACUGAUACCUGUCUUCAUAAAGAAGAACUUAAGUGAAUGGUGAGGGAUACAGAAUGAAUGGCUUCACUUGUAUGCCUCCUGUUUAAGUAAAGCACAGAGACUACAUUGUAUGUAGACAAUAAAUGAGCCAUAUGCAGAAUUCAGAGGUAUUAUAAGUUUAAAAAUGAUAAUGUACUGUAGCACAACAGUCAGAAUUUAAAGUUUUAUGUUUCAGUCAUCUUACAGAAUUUGACUUCACAAGAAUGUAAAAUUGUUUUGUUUGCAACUAUACAAAUGUGUUAUGUAUAAUAUCCUAUCUACUAUUGUGUUAGUCCAAAAAAUAUAGAAAGCUGGUUUAAGUUGGUGCCUUUUGCUUCAAUGAAGACACCACUGUAGUGGUAUGGCCAGUCCUUUACUUUGGUCAAGACUGAAAUAGCUCGACAAUUGUUGAAUCCCUUUAAUUCAGUUCAGACAUUUAUGGUAUUCGAAGAAUUAAAUCAAAGGUUGUGAUUUCCAGAUUUGUCAUGUUACUGCCCUGGUCAAAGCCGUUCAAACUUAAAGCUUCAGGUUAUGACAGAACACCUUGAGCUAAUGACUGCCCUUAUCCUCAGUUACACAAUACCCUGAGAUUAAUAAAGUUUCUCCUUACAUGUUAAAUAUGUUAAAUGUUUUGCAUAUUAAUGAAGACAGUAUGUUAUUUUAUUUUUCCAUUAGUGCAAGAAAUAUCCAUGAGUUUCACUGGAUGCUUGAUCAGUGAAUACAGCUUUGCUGGCAAUGUGAUCCUGGAGAAAUAAAUAAGAAUUUGGUGCAGCUUUUUAUGUAGCAUCAUGUAGUUCAUGUAACACUUCAGUUCAUGGGAACCUCCAACUAGUAUUUCCUAUACUUAUAUGUCUAAUUUUGUUUCAUAAACGUGAAUAUGGGGAUAUUCUAUUAGUCCAAAAUGUGUGUACAGUGGGCAGCCAUAAGUUUCAGUGGGUGCCUUACUUUAGAUGCACUUUUAUAGCCAUGUAAGCAGUGUGGUCAGCUUUGAUCCACUGAGAAAUAUAUCAAACAGUACAUCAAAUGGCUGUCCUCGCUUAUGUAGUGCCAGGGCUUUUCAAAAUUGACUGAAAUGUACAUUCAACACACUGACUGAAACUGACUGAACUAAAUUCCCAACACCUUCAGCAAUACGCUACAGUUAGCACAGGGUAGACUGAUGGCUGUAGACUGAAAUGUUCCCAACUGGCUGGUUGAUUACUUGCUGACUCAGGACAAACCAUUUUACUCUCCUGCUGGUAAAAAGAAGAAGAAAAGCUUUGUCUCUAUAUUUAAUCCACCCAACAAUUUGACUGCUGUAUUACAGAAUUAUUGCCCUUCUAUAUUUGUUUAAAAGUCAUCCUGUUGCUUGAUAUGAGUGCAUUACACAUUAACAGAUGUUCAGCAAGAAGCUAGUUUGAUUUUACUGCCGUCUCAUGUACAUCAAAGCUAAAGUUAGUCUAAGGUGGAACUGAAUGAUAUUGUAAACUUCAGCCAAUUCAACUAUACAUCUGGCAAUCAAUGCCCAACUGGCACCUAUUUUCAGUUACAGUAUGACUUGUCUCUGAUUGAAAAACAUUAAUUUGUCUGUCAUUGACAAAAUUGGCCACAGUGGCCUUUUUAAAAUGUCAAUCCACUUCGCAUAACUCUGUCACUGCUGGCGAGUCCUAGAAAAACCUCUGCCAAGCGUAUAUCUAGUGAAGCUUCAUUACGCCUCAUCAGCUUUCUGAGGGCCUUUAAACUCAGGGAAGUGACAAGCAGUGCACCAGUUUAAUUUCACAGCAAAAAAAAAAAAAAGGUAUAAUUGAACAAAUGUGUCUUUUGGCAGAUGUUUGCCCCUAACAUGAGGGCUACGUUAUCAGAUGGUAACAUUUCAGCAGGAUCAGGCUGUACAGUUUUGACUUUAGUCUGACACUUAGACUAAUACAGAUGAAGCAAUGUUUGAACAUUUCAACAAGUGUAUGAUGACUUUAUGAACACGUAUGGCAUUUAAAUGAAAAAAAUGUACAUGAACAUAAAAUAAAAAUGUAAAUUAUAAUACCUGCUUUACUCAUAAAUGAAAAUAGCCUCAGACUGAAUGACUUCUAUGAGGGAACAUGUAGGGUGAACACACUGAAAGUCAGUGAUGUGCACUCCUUCACUCUACCAUCGAGUGGCAGCACUGGUAUGAUAAAUGACCUGCUGUAGUAACUGGCCUUCAUUCGCCACGUUGUUGAUUUAGGAAAAUUGUCCCAAAGUUGUU